CCUGGGACCGACUCUGAAAUCUCCAGCCAGAUUUCAACCAUGUUGAGCAGGUACAAAAUUCCACAGGUCAGUUACGGUUUUCUAAAUCAAGUUCCUAAAGAUAAACACCAAUAUCCAUUUUUCUACCGGAUGGUUCCAAAGCCCCCUUUCCUGGAGAUUGUCAAAUUGCUCCUGCAUUUCAGAUGGACAUGGAUUGGUCUCAUUGCAUCAGACAAUGACAGCGGGGUAAAGUUCAUGAGCACCUUUGCAACUCUGGUCCAGCAGUAUGAUAUCUGCAUUGCUUUCUCAGACCAGAUCCCUAGACUGAACUGGGAAAAGACAUUCAAGCUGAUUUUUUAUCUUAUGGAGACUAAAGCCAAUGUAAUUGUUUGCCAGAUGGACUCUCAGAUCAUCAUUCCUCUAGCAGUUAUGAUUAAAAAAUCAUUGGUGGGGAAAGUCUGGAUUGCAACAGCUUUGCAGGACCUCACUAUGAGGUUGCUCUACAAAAUGGUUGAUUUCCAGAACACGCAUGCUGUUUUAUCUUUCUCAGUCCAAACAAAGAAAAAGCCACGAUAUGACAAUUUUGAUCAAUUUCUCUUUGACAACACACAAUUUGGGGAGGCAGCAUUUCAUUGUUCAUAUUCAAAACAUACAUUGUCCAUAAAACUCUGGAAAAGAUGCAAAGAAACAGAGAACUUGGAAAACCUAUCUCGGGAUGCCAUUGAAAGAAUCCUGUCUGAAGAUAGCUACAGUAUUUACAAUGCCAUCCAGGAUGUUGCAUAUGCCUUACAUUCUGCAUACUCGUCCCAACGGAAGCAGAGGGGGAUGGUGGUUGGCUACAGGUUAGCAGUUCAAUGGAUCCAGGCAUGGCAGCUUCACUCUUUCUUGGGAAACUCCCAGCACUAUAAUACCUCGAUGGAAGGAGUUUAUUUGGAUGCGAACGGCGAUCUGGCAGCUGACUUUCAUAUUGUGAACUGGGUGAUGUUUCCCAACAAGUCCACUGCUGGCAUCAGCAUUGGGAGAACAGAGGGACAGGCCUCCUCAGAGAUCAAGCUCUCCAUUGAUCAGAAUGCCAUUGUGUGGCCGCAGGGGUUUAACCAGACUGUGCCCUUCUCUAGAUGUACUGAAAGCUGUCACACUGGAUCUACCAAACUGAUUAAAGAAGAUGAGCCAAUCUGCUGUUAUGCUUGUGCCCCAUGUACAGAAGGAACAAUCUCCACUCAAGAAGAUGCUGACCAUUGCCAUCAGUGUCCAGAUGGCAAUUAUUCAAAUAAAGAAUACACAAAAUGUAUUGCCAAGGUUUUCAGUUAUCUCUCCUAUAAAGAACCUUUGGGAAUCACCAUAGCUUUCUUUGCCCUAUUCUUGUCCCUCAGCACAGGGUUUGUCUUAGGAAUCUUCCUUAAAUACCAAAAAACUGCCAUGGUCAAAGCCAACAACCGUGACCUCACCUACAUGCUCCUUGUCUCCCUCCUCCUUUCCUUUUUAUCCUCCUUUCUCUUCAUUGGUCAACCACAGAUGGUAACCUGCCUUCUCCAACAAACUGCCUUCAGCAUCAUCUUCUCAGUCGCUGUCUCUUCCUUGUUGGCAAAAACUGUCAUGGUGGUGGUGGCCUUUAUGGCCACAAAACCAGGAAGUAAGAUGAGGAAAAGGCUGGGGAAGACCUUGGCCAACUCCAUUGUCAUUUCUUGCUCUAGUGUUCAGGUGACCAUUUGUAUGAUCUGGUUGGGAAUCUCUCCCCCUUUCCCUGAUGCUGACAUGCACUCCCAAUAUGGGCAGAUCACACUUCAGUGUAAUGAAGGAUCUGUGGUCAUGUUUUAUUCUGCCCUUGGCUACAUGGGCUUUCUGGCCACUAUCUGUUUCACUCUGGCUUUCCUUGUCAGGAAGUUGCCAGGGGCCUUCAAUGAAGCCAAGUUGAUCACCUUCAGCAUGUUGGUGUUUUGCAGUGUUUGGGUGUCCUUUGUGCCCACCUACCUGAGCACCAAAGGGAAAUACAUGGUAGCUGUGCAGGUCUUCUCCAUCUUGUCCUCCAGUCUGGGGUUACUGGGUUGCAUUUUCAUCCCCAAAUGCUACAUUAUAUUAUUUAGGCCAGAUUUGAAUAGAAAGGAAUGUCUGAUUGUGAAAAUUUAAGAUAAUUCCUGUCAAUUCUGCCUAUGUUCUUUUUAUUAUAUUGCCUCCACGUUGUACCAUGUGACUGCAAUAAACCUGAGAUCUCC